UAGAUGGGUGAAGUGUAGUGGGUGUGUUUAUUCCCUGCAUUCAGUGCGACGUUUCUCACCAACAGUUUAAGAUGGCGACUGUGCAUCUAAGGAUCGGGGAUCUGGUUUGGGGUAAGCUUGGACGCUAUCCACCUUGGCCAGGCAAGGUCGUCAGUCCUCCGAAGGAUCUGAAAAAGCCAAGAGGCAAAAAAUGUUUCUUUGUCAAGUUUUUUGGAACUGAAGAUCACGCCUGGAUAAAGGUAGAGCAGCUGAAGCCUUACCAUCCUCACAAAGAGGAGAUGAUCAAGAUCAACAAAGGCAAGCGCUUCCAGCAGGCUGUUGAUGCAGUAGAGGAGUACCUAAAGAAGGCCAAAGGGAAAGAUCAGGCACACUCCGAUGACAAAAGCAAGUCAGAUAAAGGGCGUAAAGCAGCUAAACCAAUGAAGAUCAUUGAAGAAGAUGAUGAAGAUGCCUUCAAGGGUGGCUCGUCGGACAAGGAACAGACUGAUUCUGACCCAGAGCCAUCCUCUGUACGACGGCUGGUCGCAGGAACAGUAUCAGGAUUCAAAUGGGAGAGCAGUCCAGUAAAGGAUGACCCACAUUUUCAUCACUUUCUGCUCAGCCAGUCUGAGAAGCCAGCUUCAUCAAUGGAGCCCAUCACCAAACGCUUAAAGAUAAUCGAGGAGGACACAAGAUCAACAUCUAUUCAAGCAGCAGACAGCACAGCCAUCAACGGCAGCAUCACACCUACAGACAAAAGGAUAGGGUUCCUUGGACUUGGACUGAUGGGAAGUGGUGUGGUUUCUAAUUUGUUGAAGAUGGGGCAUGUUGUGACUGUUUGGAAUCGCACCGCAGAAAAGGUACAAUCAAAAUGUGAUUUGUUCAUCCAAGAAGGUGCCAGAUUAGGACGAACACCAGCAGAAGUUGUGUCCAUGUGCGAUAUCACAUUUUCCUGUGUAUCAGACCCAAAAGCUGCCAGAGAUCUUGUGUUAGGUCCUAGCGGAGUCCUGCAGGGAAUCAGACCAGGCAAAUGUUACGUAGAGAUGUCAACCGUUGAUCCAGAAACCAUCAUGGAGCUCGCACAGGUCAUCACAUCCAGAGGCGGCAGAUUCCUAGAAGCUCCGGUUUCGGGCAGCCAGCAGCUUUCCAAUGAUGGUAUGCUGGUCAUUGUUGCUGCAGGAGACCGCAGUGUUUAUGAAGACUGUAGCAGCUGCUUCCAGGCAAUGGGGAAGACGUCUUUCUUCAUAGCAGGGGAAGCAGGAAAUGCUGCCAGAAUGAUGCUGAUCCUUAACAUGGUUCAAGGCAGUUUCAUGGCGACCAUCGCAGAGGGAUUGACCUUGGCGCAGGCCACGGGACAGUCACAGCAAACAUUCUUGGAUAUUCUUUGCCAUGGACAAAUGGCAAGCACGUUUGUGGACCAGAAAUGCCAGAAUAUCUUGCAGGGCAACUUCAAACCUGAUUACUACCUGAAACACAUUCAGAAAGAUCUGAGGUUAGCCAUUUCAAUGGGAGAUUCGGUUAAUCAUCCAACACCAAUGGCAGCUGCUGCGAAUGAGGUAUACAAGAGAGCAAAAGCAUUGGACCAGUCGGACAAUGACAUGUCUGCAGUCUACAGAGCUUAUAUUCACUAAUCCUGUCGAUGUGCUCUACGUCCUGGACCACAAACCUCGCCUGCUUCUUUCUUCCUCUCCCUCUGUCUUUCUCUCCUCUGCUGAUGAAUUCUGUUGGGCACCAGUGAUAUGUUUUCCCAUGUUUAAUGGGAUCUCUUUAGCAGCCUGAUCUGAGCAUUGCACUGACUGUAAUAUAGCUGCACGUCUACUCUGUGGGAGGUUAUUAAACUCCCCUCGAGUGAUUAUUUUA